AUGGGGGUUGACACACUUUCUCCAAUUGCGCCGGUGCGCUUUAGGGCUUUACUUCUUCCAAUUGGGAAAAUCAAGCGUUCACGGUUCUUGAGUUUUGCUUCAAGACUUCAAGCGGAAAAUGUGGUGCGACUGGGGGACAUUAGUCCCGAUUCUCGACCAAAUCGAAACAUGUUCUCUCCGCUUGCCUUCCCCACUGGUAUGAUUCUCUACGACCUGUCGUUCUCCGUACCCCCGACCGACCACCUAGAGCUCUUUCCGUUCGAGACGCACCGAGAGCCGCUUGUUGUUAUUGCAAUCGCGGAUGGCACAGAGCUGUCCGAGAGUAAAAACGCUAGUUCGAACCAUCCUGCGCCGCAAGAACUGGAUCAGCUACAAGAAGAGCUCGAAACCUUGAAGGACAACCAUCCGCGAGCGUUGGUGAAUCAGCUUUUGAUUUUUGACUACGAUGGCCUUGACAAUAUCACGAACGGUCCGGAGAAUGUGCUUUGGGUUCCUCGACUAGAGGCCUCCAAGGCGACGACUAUGAAGACCGUUCUAUGUGACGUGACGUCCGUCUUGUUGUCAGAAUUGGAUCAAUUUGCCAAAACUAUUCAAAACAUUCCUUCCAUAGACUCGCCACGAGCCUCGUCGUGGGGCCCAACUCGACAGCCCGAGCUGCGAUCACGAUUGAUGGAUCGAGUGUUGAACAGGAUGACACUUCCCGCGCAGAUGCCGUCCAACCCGAAUGGGUCCCUGCCGGAUACAGUCCUGAGUUCAAAAACAACGUCUCCUGCGCCAUCUGAACAUGAAACCCCUACCACGUUCGAUGAAAUCACCCGCUCUAUACAUCUGACUCGAACGAACUCGGGAGGGCGAAGCCCUGCAAUAGCGUCGCCAAAGGAGCAUAGUCGCGAUCGUAUGUCUGUCAGCGGUCUAAGCGCCACGGACAGAACGAAGAAUCGCAUCAAGGGCAGAUCCGGAGUAGUCGUCGGCACACUCUUCCUGCAGGCGGGAAGGUGGCCUGACGCCUUGAAAGAAUUAGUCGAAGCAGCAAACAAUGCGCGGGCUGCUAGUGACUACAUCUGGCAUGCUAAGUCACUGGAGAAUAUUCUAAUAUGUCUUGUGAUGCACGCAUGGGCAGGAAUGGAUUUUCAAAUACCUUCUAUUCUCUAUCCUGUCGCCGAUAAAGCCUCCAGAGCUGUGAGAGAUGCUCUUCAGGGACCAGCUGCCCUCGGGAAUCGUCUUGUAUCUCUCCAAAAUCUGACCAACUUGCUACCCGAUCUUUCGAACACCAUCGUCAACCUAUACAUUCGGGCUGCGAAUAUGACCGACGAACCUCUUCCGCAGUUGAUAUUUUCUGAGACCGUAAUCCGACUGUCGAGAUUAAUCGUAUCAGCUCGCGUUAGAGACGGCGGGCUUGACGAUAACGCCUUGAAACAUAUUGUUAUGAACGAGCCGUUGCUUCCCUUGCUGCAGCCGGAACUACCACGCGGCACCGUGUUGAUGCGCAGGUCUGAUAUUGCCAACUUCCUCUACCGUGCUCUACCUCUUGCUGCUGAAGCCGAACUGCCCGCCACCGACUCCGUUCCCAUUAUUGCGGGUGUCAUUUCCGUUCUGAAUCUCCUCGAUCUGCCCCGUAAGAAAGCAUUUGUGCUUCGCGAGCUUCUUACUGUCAUUGUACCCAGCCUUGUGCAGGCUCGAAAGAUCGGUGCCGCAGAGGCUGGAAUCCAUCCUGCUGCUGGUUUAGGGUCUCUUAAUGACACGGCCUUUGAUGUGAAUGCGCUAGAUAUCGGUCAUGGCAACAUGGAGCAGAGUGUCCGCCUCCUUCUAGCGUCAAUUGGUGAGACUUAUGGUGCCCAGCCAUCGGCAUCUCACGAGUGGCAAAAGCGACAGAGCCGAAUGUCUGGUAGUGGGAGUGAGAAAGAGCUGCCCGCCUAUGAUUCCCUUUCAAGUAUUGUCGACCGCACGUUCCGUCAUAUUGCCCUCGAUCAGUACGGUGAUCUCAACCUCAAAGUGGACGUUCUCAAAGCAUGCAUCAACUGCUGCGAGGCGCUUCCCGACUUUGAUGGCGUGCUGCGCUUCACGGUCGAGCUACUGCAGACUAUUCGGGGAGAAUUGAUGCUCAGCGAGGGUCAAAGGAUACCGCCACGUCUGCCCCGUGACGAGCAGAUUCGUUUAUUGAACAACAUCAAGCGUACGGUCGACGCUGGAAAUCGGCUCGGUGCGUCGACCAUGGCUGCUGAAUAUUGGGAUGAUUUCUUGGUCCGCGACGUACAAUUACUGCCCUUGCCUGACGCACGACGGCCUGUCAGUAGAUUGAAGACAGAAUUGGACGCAGCCACAACUAACUCAGAGAAGGCGAAGAAAGAUCCUUUUCUCUAUAACCCCUUCGCAAAGCCGAGCAGCAAGGCCCUGGAGAUCUUGACUGUCACUGAUGAGCCUGCAUCAUUUCGAGUGACGCUUCAAAAUCCUUAUGAGUUUGAAGUUGACAUUGAAUCACUGCGGCUUGAAGGCGAAGGGCUCAGAUUUGUGGCGGAAGCCGAGAACAUUGUAAUUGCUCCGCUUUCUCUUCAAGACGUCCUGGUCUUAGGUACCGCUUACGAGGAAGGAAGCCUGACUAUAUCUGGCUGCUCAGUGAAGAUACGGCAUUGUCGGGAACGCAAGUUCCUCAUUUUCAAGUCAAUAUGGAGGCCGCUUCCCGAGGUCAAAUGCAAGCGGACUGGUCUUUCAGCAAAGCAACCACUCUGUGACCGCCCACUGUCAUGGAGCUCAGUUACAGCCAAGGAUGGAAAAGUGUCUACCAAAAAGGGCCCUGAAACGGAUUCUUGCCAAGUCAAGGUCAUAGGCAGGCAGCCAUCCAUGAUUAUUGAAUCAAUGUCGCUUUCACAGUCAGCAGUAAUGCUCCUCGAAGGCGAAAUUAAAACAUUCUCGGUCACUCUUCAAAACACGUCCGCAUGCCCUGUGGACUUUGUGUUGUUCACAUUCCAGGACUCGACUACCCGUCAACUCCAGUCAGCAUUAACAAACAAAAACCUCCAGCCUGUUGAGAUCUACGAAUUAGAACUCAAACUUGCAACUCAGCCUGCCCUGAGGUGGAGACGGGAGGGUCCGCAGUCUGAUGACUGUUUUAUCGCUGCUGGAGGGAAAGCAACGUUUAAUGUGGAUGUCUUGGGCAAGCCUGGACUGCAAGAUACGACCGUUCAGAUUGAUUAUUCAUACGUCAACAAGGAACAAAACCAGCUGCCGGAUGUGUUCUAUACGCGGCAGUUGUUCGUUCCUCUCACAGUAACCGUCAAUGCGAGUGUGGAGGUUGCUCGUUGUGAUAUUUUGCCAUUUGGAGGGGAUUUUGCAUGGAAAAAUAAUCUCAAUGGUUCUUCUGAAUCGACCGAAGAAGCAUGUGGGCUUUCUAUGUCUGCCAGCGUGGAAGACCCGUUUUCUGGGAUUUUGACUCGACUGGGCAAUGGUGCAUAUGGAUCAGAUCACUGCAUUGUUCUACUGGACGUGCGGAACGUAUGGCCCAGUCCACUUUCCGUCUGGCUCCGCGUGAACGAGCAUGCCAUCGCACAAACCCCAGAAUCCUUCAAGGACAAUAAAGCAGGUCAAUACGCUGUCGACGGCCAUCUGCAACCCGGCCAAGUCUCGCGGUUCGUGCUUGUGCUACCCCGCGUCUAUCUGGAUAAUCCAUUUGCAAGCAUUCCACUGGUCAACACGGGCAAUCGCCGGCAAUACGUCGUCAGUGCAAACAAACUCACUUUCGAAGCCGAAGGAGCUUCUCGCGAAGCCUUCUGGUUCCGUGAGGAGCUUCUGAAGCGUGUCAAUGGAGGGUGGUCUGAGCCCGCAACUGGCCGCAAGGGAUCCAUCGAUUUGCGCAAUAUCCGACUGAAUACGCGCAUGGUGGAGGCUAUGCGUCUCGAAGACGUCGAAGUUAGCUUUUCCCUCUCUGGCCCCGAAUCAAAAGACAACAAAUCGAGUGUGACACAGACCGGCCGUUCCAAAUUCCAUGCACAAACCGACGACCUUCUCACUCUGACCGUCACCGUUCACAAUCGCUCCUCCCGCUCUAUUCAUCCAAUUCUCCGCCUCCAGCCCAGUCUUCGUCACCAGCCGAAUAACAUCGCGCUUGAUCUCACCCGCCGUCUCGCAUGGACCGGUAUGCUUCAGCAAGCAUUGCCCGUCCUGCCAGCCAGAGAAUCAACCAAAACCACCAUCGGGCUCACGAUUCUCUGCCGCGGCGAGUACGAAGUUGGCGCUAGCAUCGAAGAAGCCAGACUUUUGCGUCCGUCAGAAGAGAGUGGUAAGGGUGACGGUGCCGGUACGACUACUCAAUUCAGAGAAGACGGUAUUGAGGACACAUUUGGUGCGGGCGUUGUAAAGCGUCGACGCAUCUGGCACGCGAAGGAAGGUUGUGUUAUUCUGGCUCAUCAUUAA